AUGUGGAGUUAUCCAUCAUGGAUAAAUCAAACCCGCGCUGCCGAAGUCCGUCGCGAAAUGGAAGAAAAAGAUGUAAUAUACGGCGGCAGUGAGUCCUAUCGUCACAUGUGUCGAUUCAACUCGGGCUUCUUCUUCCGUCAUGAACUGAUGGCCAAAUACGAUUACUACUGGCGCCUUGAACCCGGUGUAGAAUUUUUGUGCGACAUCGAUUAUGACCCAUUCCGUUUCAUUCAAAAGAACAAUAUUACCUACGGAUUCACAAUUUCACUGCUCGAACUCCAAGAGACCAUACCUACACUCUGGGAUACAGUGCUCAAGUUUUCAAAAGAAUAUCCACAAUACGUGAACGAGAAGAAUGUGAUAAGAUUCAUGUCACAAACCGGCACAACCUACAAUGGAUGUCAUUUUUGGAGUAAUUUUGAGAUCGGGGACUUGAAUUUUUGGAGAAGGGAGGCGUACUUAAAAUUUUUUGAUUAUUUGGACCGAGCGGGUGGAUUCUUUUAUGAAAGAUGGGGUGAUGCGCCGGUUCAUUCGAUAGCAUUGGCUCUAUUUCUCGAAAAAUCACAGAUACACUUCUUCAACGACAUCGGCUAUAAGCACUCGCCAUUUCAGCAUUGUCCAAUAGAAAAACGAUUUCACGAGAGUGGAAAAUGUUAUUGUGAUCCCGCCGAGAACUUUG